AUGUGGGACAUUAUUUAUAGACCAGAAGAACAGAAGCUUCCAAGGAGUGAAUUUUUACUAGCAAUAGAUGUUACAUCAAGUGGAACGCCGGAAGAGAAGCUUAAAUGGGCUUUCCGAAUGUAUGAUGUAGAUGGCAAUGGUGUCAUAGAUAUCCAAGAAAUGACAAAAAUAGUUCAGAGGUAA